AUGUCGACUGCAGUUGCCUCCGCUACAGCGGCCCCGUUAUCGUCGCCGCAUCCCACCCGCGAAGCGAGCCCGAAGAACUGUCCGACCCUGGCUCCUCCAGCUCCGUCAAACCCCUCCCCUCCUCGAGCACCCACGACUUCACAAGAUGGACCGGCUGCGAAUGGCUCCCCAUCCGGGAAGCAAGGCCCUACGUUGUCACCACCCCAAGCUGGCAGUGGGGGUCCUAAUAUUACACCUUCCGUCCUCGAGUGGAUUGUCGGCCCGCCCCCCGGAGGACCCAUGACCGCCCGUGAUGGAGUUAGUAUGCAAGAAGUUGGCCUGGCUUGCUUGUCCCCCGGCUUCCAAACGCACGAUCCCAUCAUGCGCGAGCAAUUACAACGGAGCCUUUCCGUGCGAGAUCAGCAGCGGUCGAUUAUUGAAUCACGGCUGCAGAGGUCGGCCAAGGAUGACGGUCCCGACGGUAUUAGGCCAUCCGAAGCGGGUAUGAUGGGGAUGCCAAAGACUGCUUCUUCCAAGCGAAGACCCCCCGGCUUGUCGAUCGUUCCCCCGUCCGCUUCCCAGUUUGCAAAUGAACGGGUGGUUCAGUCUGCCCCAUUAAACCAGACUUUCACUGGCGGUCGGUAUCAGCCCCAGCCGUUGACACGCCAUGUCGUCAACCAGAGCCCGACAUUGGGUUCGACCUCCCACCUGCAUGUGCCGGCGAACCAGACGAACAACCGACUGCCUCCUCUCUCCGAUGUGUUUGGAUCGGAUGCACUCGGUGCCCGUGAUCGUGAACCCGGUCGCCCCAGUCUCUACCCCAACGCCUCGAGCACGAACUCGCAAUCCAACCUGGCCCCGGUGCCCUCUCCCGGACUUCCAGGCAUGUCUCAGACUCCCAGCCGCCCUCGUGAAUACCAUUCGGCCGAAGAAGCCGUUCAAGAGCUGUCUGGUGGACGGGAAGAGCUCCAGCCGCGGCUCGUGCACUAUGGAGGUCACCAGCCCCCCACUCCGCCGUCCCCACAGAAUGUUCAUAUGGGCCCUAAGACUGCCCCCCUCAUGUCGGAAUUUCCUCCGCCUCCAAGUGCGCCUACAGCUCCCACCUUUUUGCAGUCCACGGAUGGCACUGCACGCCGCCGGCCCAGAAGCGAGUAUGAGCAGGAUAAUGGUAGCCCACCCCUAGGCCAUGGCCCGGAUCCUCACUAUCGGCCGAACCCCGCUGCGACGGCCGGGCCCAAUACGACAUUCCAUGGGCCUUUUGGAGCUGGCAGGGACUCUCCAGAAACUCAGCGGAAAAAGAAGGAGGAAUUCCUGGGUCUUUGUGCACGGGCCUGGGAUCUUUUCCAUUCCUGA